ACCUAUCAGCCAUGGCUCUUUUCAGUUCUCACCAUAACUCAUUUCUUCUCACCUUUCUUCUCACCAUCUUAUCCUUUUCAUUAUCACCAUUAUCUUCUUUUGCAGCCAAAACUUAUUCCAAUGGAAAUGAGACUGACAGACUUGCCUUACUGGCCAUCAAAGCUCAAAUAAUAGAUGAUCCUUCUGGUGUCAUGAAAUCAUGGAAUGAUUCAGUCCAUUUCUGCAACUGGAAUGGUGUCAUUUGUGGCCGCCUUCAUCAAAGAGUGACCAGCUUGAACCUCAGUUCCUAUGACUUGGUUGGCUCACUCUCUCCCUCCAUAGGAAAUCUCUCCUUCCUUUCAACUAUUGACCUUACUCUCAACCAUUUUCAGCAUCAAAUCCCACAAGAAAUUGGACGUUUGUUCAGGCUCAAGUAUUUGGAGCUUUCCAACAACUCGUUUUCUGGUGCAAUCCCAGGAAAUCUCUCAGGCUGUUCUAAGCUCCUCAAGCUUAGAUUGGGUUUCAACAAGUUGAGUGGAAGAAUCCCAGUUGAGCUUGGAUCAUUUCAACUACUUGAGAGAGUUCAUCUUCACUACAACAAUCUUUCUGGACCAUUACCUGACUCAUUAGGUAACCUUUCUUCUACUAAAUCUCUUUCAUUUGCAGUGAAUAACUUUGAGGGAAAAAUACCAGACUCCUUUGGAAGGUUGAAAAACUUGGAAUUUCUUGGGCUUGGGUUGAACCGAAUAUCCGGUAUGAUACCUUCCUCAGUUUACAAUCUGUCAUCUAUGACAAGGUUUAGUGUGCCAUUUAACCAAUUAGAAGGGAAUUUGCCUUCAGACUUAGGCUUCACUCUUCCUAAUUUGAUAGUCUUUAAUGUUGGUCACAACUUAUUUAGUGGACCACUCCCACCAUCAUUGUCCAAUGCUUCAAACCUUGUUGAAUUGGAUACUGAAGGAAGCAAAUUCACUGGAAAAGUUACUAUUGAUUUUGGUAGCUCAACUAAUCUGUGGUGGCUGGUCCUUGCCUCAAAUUCUCUUGGGACAGGUGAAGCUGAUGACUUGAAUUUCUUUGAGUCUUUGGCUAACUGCAAAAACAUAGGAAUAAUUGACCUAAGUGACAAUAAAUUUGGAGGGCUAUUUCCUAGUUCCAUAUCCAAAAUCCCAUCUCUUGUUACAUUGAGACUAGGAAGCAACAAAUUGAGUGGUAACAUCCCAGAAGGGAUUGGCAGCCUUGUUAACUUGACUGAGCUAGUUGUUGAGAAAAACAAUUUUACUGGGAAAAUUCCAUCAGCUAUAGGUGAUCUCAAAAUGCUAAGAAAACUUCAUAUGUCUAAAAAUUCAUUUUCUGGCUACAUACUAUCAUCUCUAGCCAGCAUAGCUCAAUUAUACUCACUUCAUCUACAAAAGAAUCACUUAACAGGUCCUAUCCCUUCUAGCUUUGGAAACCUUUCAAAUUUGCAGGAGUUAGACCUCUCUCAUAACUAUCUUAAUGGCUCCAUACCUAAAGAAGUUAUGAGCCUUUCUUCUUUGACAGUUUCCCUUAAUCUAGCUCAAAAUCAGUUGACUGGUUCCCUGCCUUCUGAAGUGGGAAACUUAAAAAAUCUUGGCUACUUGGAUGUUUCUGAAAAUAAACUCUCUGGAAAAAUUCCUAGUGAGCUAGGCAGUUGUUUAAAAUUAGAACAUCUUCACAUGGAGAGUAACUUCUUUGAAGGAACUAUCCCUUCAUCUUUGAGCUCCUUGAGAGGAAUUCAAGACUUGGAUCUUUCGGGCAACAAGUUGUCCGGCGAAAUUCCAAAGUUCUUUCAGAACAUGUCAUUUAUAAACUUGAAUCUUUCUUUCAACCAAUUCCAUGGACAGGUACCAGCAGGAGGAGUUUUCAGAAAUGCAACUGGCAUUUCAUUAGUUGGAAAUGAAAAGCUCUGUGGAGGUAUACCAGAAUUGCAUUUUCCAGCAUGCAUUACUAAUAAGUCUAAGAAAGAAAAUAUAUCUCAAAGCCUUAAAUGGAUUAUACCAUUGCUUGGUGGACUACUGGGAUCAGUUUUGAUCAUGUCAAUUCUAAUUCUCUUGCGGUUAAAGAAGGUGAAAAGGGUGCCUUCAUCUGCACCAACUUCAUCAACUAAAGAUUUUCUGUUACAUGUCUCCUAUGCAAGCCUCCUCAAAGCAACUGAUGAGUUUUCUUCGGCCAAUUUAUUAGGCAGUGGUAGCUUUGGUUCUGUUUAUAAGGGAACUCUUGAUCCAAAUGAAUUAGUUGUUGCAGUGAAGGUACUUCAACUACACGAACGGGGAGCCUCGAAAAGCUUCAUGGCCGAAUGUGAAGCCUUGAGAAACAUCAGACACCGCAAUCUUGUGAAAUUGUUGACAGUCUGCUCAAGUUCUGAUUUUCAAGGCAAUGAGUUCAAAGCUUUAGUCUAUGAGUUUAUGCCUAAUGGAAGCCUGGAGAGUUGGUUGCAAUCAUUUUCGAGAGAAGAUGAUGCAGAUGGUGAACUGAGGAUAUUAAGUCUUGUUCAAAGAUUAAACAUAGCCAUUGAUGUGGCCUCUGCUAUGGAUUACCUCCAUCACCACUGUCAACAACCAAUCGUUCAUUGUGAUCUAAAGCCAAGUAACAUUCUUCUUGACAGUGAUAUGACUGCUCAUGUUGGUGAUUUUGGGUUAGCAAGGUUCAUUCAAGAAGCCACAAGUAGAUCACAACCUCAACAAACCAGUUCAUUUGUAUUGAAUGGAACUAUUGGGUAUGCUGCACCAGAAUAUGGAAUGGGAAGUAAGGCUUCAACACAUGGUGAUGUAUACAGCUAUGGAAUACUCUUGCUUGAGAUUUUUACAGGAAAGAGACCAACGGAUGAAAUAUUUAAAGAUGGAUUGAGUCUUCAUGAUUAUGUUAAGAGGGCAUUGCUAAGUAGACAGAUAUCAGAAGUUUUAGAUCCAGUAUUUGUGGUUGGAGGAGCAAGUGGAGAAAUGGAACCAAAUAGCAUAGAUAUUUCUGAUGAAGUGGCUCACAGCAAAAAGGAGCAAAGAGAGGAGUGUUUGACUGCAAUCCUAAGAGUUGGAGUUGCAUGUUCUGUGGAAACACCUAGACAACGAAUGGACUUUACUGAUGUUAUCAAGGAAUUGAAGUUGGUCAGAAAAACUCUUGAAGGGUUCUCAAGAAACUAACCUGUUUUUACUAGCUAAAGCUCCUAGCACCAAGAAAUAGAUAUGUGUGAGUAUGUAUUUUUAAUCUUGUUUAGGAGGUCACACAACAAGCAAUUUUUUGAAACAGUGUUAGAUACAUUGUUAUUGUGAUUUCUGUAUGCAAAAGAGUCUUAGUUUUUUUUUUCUUCUUCUUCUAAGUUUGGGUUGUACAAGAUUUUUACAAUAAUAUAUAUAUAU